CAGAAAAUUAGCUACUGCUGUGUAAUUAAUUUGAUCAAGAGCACUAAUUGAUGCUUCAUUUAUUUAAUAAUCUUUUUGACUUCUAGAAAUGAAAGAAAAGCAAAAAAAAAAUGGUCAGGUUCUUGGCAAAUAACAUAUUCUUUUUUUAUGGUUACCAAUUGGGCGACUUUCACUUUCACUUCUUCGUUGAAAUCGUCGCCAUAAAUAAGAAUAAAUUUUUUUAUAUAAUCAAGUAGGAUGAAAACGAUUAAAUUCUCGUCAAGUCAUGCAUUCAUUCAAUGUCUGCAGACGAGUGCACAUGUCAAACAUAGGGUUUGAUAAGAAGCGUCAUAAUAAAAAUAAAAUUUGUGUAAAUAAAAUUAAAAAAAAAAUAACAAAAAAUAGUACCAACUUGACUUAAAAGCAGUGAUAAGAUUAUUCAAGAAGAUUAAUUGCUUGUUUAUCAUCAAAUUUCUGCUGAAUUAAAUGUAAAUAAUCUGACAUUAUUUUUAUUCUUGGUGAAAUAUACUACGUGUUGUAUAACAAGUAGCGUAACUUCUUGAUUAAAGGUUUUAUAGUAAUAAUGGUUGGAGAAGGAGAUUCUGACAAUGUGUCACCUGUAAAUGUUGAUUUGCAUUACAAAAAUAUUGCAUCAAGUAAAGAGUCCAUUGAUCCAACACCAUCAGUGUUAUCAAUUGAAGAUCUGCCAGAGUGGUAUGAUGAAAAGCUAUUCAAGAAAGGCCAAGAAUAUGUACGUCGAAACAUGUUUUCGAUAACAGCAGCUCAAUUCAUGGGACUUUUGAGUGUCUUCACACUUCCAGCCACUCUAGAUGUUUUAUUAUUUACCAAGCAAAGUAGUAGUCCAUGUGCAGCCUUCAAAAGAUACUUACAAACCAUGAUACACGUUCAUACUCUGCACUUGGAAAAUAUAAAAAAUCCAGACUCAAAAUGGUGGAAAUCUUUGAACACAAUAAGAUGGAAGCAUGCAACAAUGAGCAAAAAGUCUGGUGAAAAAGGUAUUGGUCAAAUUCCACAGCAUGACAUGGUGCUAACCCAGUUUGGAUUCAUUGGCUAUGUAUUACUGAACUCAAAGCAACUAGGAUUUUCUAAUGAUCCUGAGCUUCUUGAAGGUUUCGUUCAUUUGUGGAGAGUUGUUGGAUAUUUACUUGGGAUCCCUAACAAAUUAAAUCUCUGUCGCAAAAAUGUUCCUGAAACGACAGAGUUAUGUAAAAGAGUAUUAACCAAUUCGUUGGUUGAUUACAUUAAUAAAAUGUCAGAAGAAUGUAAGACCAUGACAAAAACUGUCGUUGAUGGUUUCUGGUAUAUUGAUAUUGGUAUUGAUUAUGAUACUACCAUGAGACUUUGGUAUGAUUUGCAUGGUUUGAAAUAUGAAAAAGUAAUGAAUUGGUCUAGUCAAAUGAAUUAUUCAAUAAGAAAAUCAAUUUUUUAUUUACUUGGUGUUCCAUACAUCCAACAUUUAGUGAGGUAUUUAGUCAAUUGCAGUGUAAAAAUAACUCUGUGGUCUGGUGAAUAUUUUCCAAUACUCGCGUGGACCAAGUGGGGCUAUGAAAAAGCAACAAUAAAAUUAUAUCCUAUUCCAUUGAAGAAGAAAUCAUCAUGAAAUAAAAUCACCAAUGAUGCCAUCAGUUGCACAGUAGUUUAACAAUCCAACAAUAUUUGUUACUUAUUUUUAAACAAUAAAUAUACGAUAUAUAUUUACA